AUGAUGUUUCGCGACCAGGUCGGGGUGCUGGCGGGCUGGUUUAAGGGCUGGAACGAGUGCGAGCAGACUGUUGCGCUGCUGUCGCUGCUCAAGCGCGUGAGCCAGACCCAGGCCCGCUUUCUCCAGCUCUGCCUGGAGCAUUCGCUGGCCGACUGCGCCGAGCUGCACGUCCUGGAGGGCGAGGCCAACAGCCCCGGAAUCAUUAACCAAUGGCAACAGGAAUCCAAGGAUAAAGUGAUUUCCCUCCUGUUAACUCACCUGCCUUUGCUGAAGCCAGGAAAUCUCGACGCAAAAGUAGAGUAUAUGAAACUGCUGCCCAAAAUCCUGGCUCACUCUAUUGAACACAACCAGCACAUCGAGGAAAGCAGGCAGUUGCUGUCCUAUGCGUUGAUCCAUCCGGCCACGUCGUUGGAAGACCGCAGUGCUUUGGCCAUGUGGCUGAACCACUUGGAGGACCGCACGUCGACCAGCUUCAGUGGCCAGAACCGAGGCCGCUCGGACUCUGUGGAUUAUGGGCAAACACACUACUAUCACCAAAGACAGAACUCCGAUGACAAGCUCAACGGGUGGCAGAACUCUCGGGAUUCUGGGAUUUGCAUCAACGCCUCCAGCUGGCAGGACAAAAGCCUGGGGUGUGAGAAUGGCCACGUGCCACUCUACUCCUCUUCAUCUGUCCCCACCACGAUCAAUACGAUUGGAACCAGCACAAGUACAAUUCUCUCAGGCCAGGCACACCACAGCCCUUUGAAACGCUCUGUGUCCCUUACCCCACCCAUGAAUGUGCCAAACCAGCCUCUAGGACAUGGAUGGAUGUCUCAUGAGGACUUACGAGCUAGAGGACCCCAGUGCCUCCCCUCCGAUCAUGCCCCCCUGUCUCCACAAAGCAGUGUAGCCUCUUCAGGAAGUGGUGGGAGUGAACACUUAGAAGAUCAGACUACUGCUCGUAACACAUUCCAAGAAGAAGGUAGUGGUAUGAAAGAUGUUCCAGCCUGGUUGAAAAGCCUUCGCCUGCACAAGUAUGCCGCGCUUUUCUCCCAGAUGACCUAUGAGGAAAUGAUGGCCCUCACUGAGUGCCAGCUGGAGGCUCAGAAUGUUACCAAAGGUGCAAGACACAAAAUUGUCAUCAGUAUUCAGAAGCUCAAAGAAAGACAGAACCUCCUGAAGUCUCUGGAAAGGGACAUCAUCGAGGGAGGCAACCUGCGCAUCCCACUCCAGGAACUGCACCAGAUGAUCCUGACGCCCAUCAAAGCCUACAGCUCCCCGAGCACCACCCCGGAGGCCCGCCGUCGUGAGUCCCAGGGCCCACACCAGCCUCCGCUGAUGGGCCCCGAGAGCCAGAGCUCUGACUGCAAAGACAGCACCACAGGCCCCAGUGCCACAGCCACCACCUCAGCCGGGGCCAGUGGUGGGCUCCAGCCUCACCAGCUGAGCAGCUGUGAUGGGGAGCUGGCCGUCGCCCCUCUGCCAGAGGGGGAUCUCCCUGGACAAUUCACACGUGUCAUGGGCAAAGUGUGUACACAGCUCUUGGUCUCCCGACCUGAUGAGGAAAAUAUAAGUUCCUAUUUACAGCUCAUAGACAAAUGUCUAAUUCAUGAGGCAUUUACAGAGACACAGAAAAAAAGAUUGUUGUCAUGGAAACAGCAGGUGCAGAAGCUCUUUCGGUCUUUCCCUCGGAAAACCCUUCUAGACAUAACAGGAUAUCGCCAGCCAAGAAACCGUGGCUUUGGGCAGUCCAAUUCCCUCCCAGCCGGCGGCUCCGUGGGAGGCGGCAUGGGCAGACGGAACCCACGCCAGUAUCAGAUCCCCUCUCGGAAUAUCCCUUCCGCCCGGCUUGGCCUCUUGGGCACCAGUGGCUUCGUCACUUCCAACCAGCGCAGCACCGCAGCCAACCCCACCAUCAUGAAACAAGGAAGACAGAACCUCUGGUUUGCCAACCCUGGGGGCAGCAACAGCAUGCCAAGCCGAACCCACAGCUCAGUCCAAAGGACCCGCUCGCUGCCCGUGCACACUUCCCCACAGAACAUGCUGAUGUUCCAGCAACCAGAAUUCCAGCUUCCAGUGACCGAACCUGACAUCAACAACAGGCUGGAGUCCUUGUGCCUCAGUAUGACCGAACACGCCCUGGGAGAUGGGGUUGACCGGACCUCCACAAUCUAG